GUUAAAUGAACCAUAGAUCGUUGAUCUGCCACUGACACUGAAGAUGCAAUUCUGGAUUUCUGGAUUAAAUUAGUUAUAUGGACGCAUUUAACCACCAACAGUGACUAUAUAAAAGAGCAGUGGAGGGCAGCAAUACGCCGCAAGUCAAAUCUAUAUAGUUUCGAGAGUAGACUUUCGGAAAUAAAUUAUAAUAAUAAUAAGAGGAUCUGCCUGCCAUCGGCACUUGUGCUUGAACUUAAACCCUAUGCUAUGGCUUUAAUGAACACUCAUGCACCCCAAAACAGCUAUUUAAAGUGAGUGCUUUGCAGUAACAGGACAAAAUAAGGGCAUAUAACUCUAAAUCGGAUGUUUGCCCUCAGGUGUUUAUUCAGAAAGCAGGCCAGGCAUUUUGUGACGUAUUCGACUUGGAAAUCCCUGACAAUGCAAAAAAGGAUGUCCAGUACAUCCAACCCAGUGGCUGCCGUGUGUCAAAUGACGUCCACGCCUGACAAGGAGGCCAACUUCUCAGUCGGCAAGAGGCUUGUGGAGGCAGCCAGAGAGGGCGGUGCGUCCAUGGUGUUCCUACCAGAGGCCUUCGACUACAUCGGAUCCAGCCGAGACGAGACUCUGGCCCUGGCCGAGAGCUUGACCGGCGACACCAUCUCGCGAUACACUCAACUAGCCAGCAAGCUGAAUGUAUGGCUGUCCCUCGGCGGCUUUCACGAACGAGGCCACGAUUGGGAGAACGACCGACGGAUCUACAACAGUCACGUCAUCAUCAACGACCAAGGCUCCUUGGCGGCCGUGUACAGGAAGUCCCAUCUGUUUGACGUGGAGCUACCCGGGAGGGGCGUGUCCCUCAAGGAGAGUGCCUUCACUAUACCCGGACCCGCCCUUGCGCCUCCUGUACAGACUCCCAUUGGCAAGGUGGGAUUGGGUAUCUGCUAUGAUCUGCGGUUCCCAGAGUUAUCAUUGGCUCUGCAGAGACAAGGGGCGGACAUCCUGACCUACCCGUCCGCCUUCACCGUGGCAACGGGCGCCGCCCACUGGGAGGUGCUGCUGCGCGCGCGGGCCGUCGAGACGCAGUGCUAUGUGCUAGCGGCGGCGCAGGUGGGCCGGCACCACAGCACACGCGCGUCGUGGGGCCACGCGCUGGCCGUGGACCCCUGGGGUGCGGUGGUGGGGGACUGUGGGGGGGCAGAGAAGGAGGGGAGCGGCAACGGGGGAAUGGUCCUGGUGGAGGUGGACCUGGAGAAGGUGAGGGAGACCAGGAGGAACAUGCCGGUCCAAGAGCACCGCAGAGACGCUGGCUUCUACCGUGGGCUGGAGGCCGCCGUGGCCAACACCUGAACUGUCGUUUUGUUUUUUUAUAGUGCAUUCAUUCAAUCAUUCAAUUGUAUUUCAUUGUAUUUAUGUCAAAUUAAAUCAACUCUUGAUUCA